AUGCAAUACACACCGUUUGCCUCUGAUAUCGAGCUGCCGUUCUAUACGGCUCUGGCCUCACACAAGAUCAAUCAUGACAAGCUGGACGAUUCUGCUCGCCCAGUUUUGGGGCUCUAUGAAAUUCGCUCCAUCGAUCUCGCGAAUUCUUCAUGUCGAAUGCAAAUACAUGGGAAUGCUUUAACUUCCGCGGAAGCACCCGCGGGGUUAUACCGGGCAGAGGGUAUGAUCAAGAAUGUCAACACAAUCGAGGAAUAUCGCAAUGUAGAUAAAUCCCAACUGAUUCUACAGAGCGGGAAAACGAUCUGGCACGCUAUAAAUGAUGGCACAAUAUAUUCUUGUCCCUCUUUACUGUCUUCGUUUGUUAUUUUAUCCUUUGCAGACCUCAAAAAAUACAAAUUCUACUACUGGUUCGCCUUUCCAGCCCUCCACUCCGAUCCAUCAUGGGUAAUAUCGACCGAAUCGCAAGGUAUACCUGGAAAGGACGAAGCUGUCACCACAGGCCAAGGAGUUCCUCUACCAGCAGGUGAAAAUAUGGCUCUUGUGGACGCCGUUCAGACCUGGAGCUACAGCACAGAUGACCGUCAACGAGGGUUUUUCUUGGCUCGCAGGCAGAAAAGAAUAUCGGGUGGCUUAACACAGAGCACCUGGCAGAUUGCGCCUCUGUCUGAAUAUGAGAAUGGUUUCUUCACUGGCGCAGCCCUCAAAGACCGCUACAUAUGCUUUGCAGACCCAUCAAAUUAUGACACAGCUCCGGGCUGGAUGUUGCGAAAUUUAUUGGUCUUAGUCAAGCAACGAUGGAAACUUAACCGCAUACAAAUUCUACGGUAUCGCGAUGUGCAAUCUAAACGUGAUCAAGGGCGAAGUGUAUCAUUUUGGCUGGAAUCCAAAGCGGAAGUGAUAUCGAAUGCCGAACAUCCCCCAGCCACCGAGAAGACGCUGCCAAAAAUCACAGGUUGGGAGCGCAAUCCAACUGGAAAGUUAGCUGGGCGGGUCGUUAACCUCACAGAGUAUAUGGACCCCGCAAGGCUAGCAGACCAAUCCGUUGAUCUCAACCUCAAACUCAUGAAAUGGCGGAUAAGUCCGACAUUAAAUCUGGAAAAAGUCAAGCAUACGAAAUGUCUUCUACUUGGAGCAGGCACUUUGGGGAGUUAUGUUGCUCGGAAUUUAUUGGGCUGGGGAGUCAAGAAAAUCACAUUUGUUGAUAAGGGCACUGUUUCUUUUUCUAAUCCCGUUCGGCAGCCAUUGUUCACUUUUACAGACUGUCUGAACGGCGGAGCACCCAAGGCCACCCGUGCAUCCCAAGCCCUCGCUGAAAUCUAUCCAGGAGUAGACACUGAAGGGCACAACAUUUCCGUGCCUAUGGCUGGUCAUCCAAUCAUUGAUGAAAGUGCGACGCAAGCAGAUUUUGAGAAACUCAAAACUUUGAUUGAUGAACACGAUGCUAUUUUCCUCCUCAUGGACACCCGAGAGUCACGCUGGUUACCAACAGUGAUGGGAAAGGCCGCAGGAAAGAUUGUGAUGAAUGCGGCCCUGGGCUUCGAUUCAUUUGUAGUAAUGCGUCAUGGCGUUGCAGAAGUAGGGAAGGUGGCGAAUCUUGGAUGUUAUUUCUGCAACGAUGUUGUGGCUCCAGCAAACUCUAUUAAGGACCAGACACUCGAUCAACAAUGUACUGUCACUCGUCCCGGUGUUGCCGCCAUAGCCUCCGCACUUUUGGUUGAAUUGUUGGUUUCAAUAUUGCAGCACCCCCAGGAAGCAUUCGCACCAGCUCCCCUGAAGCGUGAUAAUGAACGUGGAGACCACCCCCUAGGGUUGGUGCCUCAUCAGAUCAGGGGGUUCCUAGCCACAUUUGAGAAUAUCACUAUAACUGGACAGAGCUAUAGCUGCUGUAGUGCCUGUUCAGAAAAAGUGACGGAUAUGUACGAAGAACAAGGUUGGGACUUUGUACGAAGGGCUUUGAAUGAGCCAGGAUAUGUCGAGGAAUUAAGUGGACUCAAAGAGGUUCAAGAAAAGGCCGAGGCAGCUCUAGUUGACGUUGAUUGGGAAGACUCCUCAGAGAAUGAGGAGGUCGAGAUCCUGUAG